AUGGCGGAAUAUCACACCAAUGGAGAGCAUCCGCUCUUCAUCGACAGUGAUUUGGCCAACAAGAGAAAAGACUCAUUUGACGUAUCGCCCACUACGGUACGUCGGUCCAGCGUCACCAUACUGCGAGACAGCACUAUGCGAGCGUCGGGCAAGGUGAGAAAUGAGCUCAGCACCCCGCAGCGUACACUCAUGGAGAACGAAAUCAAAAAUGUGGACGGGUUCCUCGACUACGUCGCACAUCUGCGCCUCCGCUACAUGCCCCACCAAGGCAGCAAGUGGGACCGGGUGCUGCAGUGGGCCGAGUUCUUCGGCAGCGCGGUGCAUCACUUCCAGGUAGCCGCCCAGAGCGUCAUGAACUGCGGCGACGACGCGGCGCAGCUGAUCUGGGGCAGCUGCCGCGUGCUGUUGGAAAUGGGGAUGCAGCGGCUUGACAUGAUUCACACGGCGUUUGCGCUCUUCAACGACGCCGCCCUCAUGCUCGCCCAAUUCUCCGAGAACAAAGACAUGUUCAGCAGCAGUGGGAACAAUGUCCAAGAGAGCCUGGCAACCGCCUACGGUGACCUCGUCAGUCUCGUCGUGGACGUCUCCGUACACUACGUCAACGGCGGCAGCAUUGCCGAGUUCGACGCUCGAUUCGCACGCCGCGCCGACGCCCUGUUUUCAUCCAGGGAGCACAUAAUCGCGUCGUUCUGGAAAACGCAGCUGCAAAUGCGCUUCGGCAAGGACAUCACCACCGAAAUCGAGCAGAUCCGGUACUUCCUCUCGCCCAGUGACACGGUCGUCCGGGCUCACUUUUCGAAAAAGCUGAAGUCGCGCGAGCGCCACGUCGAGUACACGUGCGAAUGGUUUGAUCCGAUGCUCCGAGAGUUCACGUCGGGCGACGACAACGUUUUUCUCGUCACGGGCAAGCCGGGCUGCGGCAAAACCGUGCUCUCGCAGUGGAUCAUGGAGAGGUUGCGACGCCAGCAGGACCGAGCCAGCUACAACGUGGCGUGUUUCUUUGUCGAGAGCGACUUUAAGACGGAGAUUUCGCCGCUCAGCAUCGCCAAGGGCCUGCUGCUCCAAGUGUUCGACAGCAGCAUUGGCGAUGUGGACUUGUACGAGCAGAUCCUGGCUCUCGAGCAGCGGCCUCCUGUCGACGGUCUUGCUAUGGAGCAGGCCCUGUGGACCGCCAUGGAGGGAGCCCUGAAGCGUAAGCGUACCAUGCUGAUCGUUGACGGCCUGGACAAGGUUGUUGGCGGCGAUGAUGCCGGCGUGAGGGUGCUGGACCGGUUGCACUCCAUAACCUCGCAGAGCAGCGGCACCAAGGCAGUCGUGAUGUCGGAGCCGCUGAAGAAAGCCGGAUCGCACCGAGCGCGGCUGUUCACCAUCGAGACGAAACACGUGCAGCAGGACAUGGACCGUGUCCUGCAUGGAGUCGUCAGCUCGUCGUUCCCGUCGCUGAACAACAACGAAAAGUCCAACUUGGUCCACCGCGUGGUGGCUCUUGGAGACGGGUCGUUCGCCCACGCCAUGCUCCUCCUCGAAAUGAGCAAACGCGAGAAGACCCUGUCAGGCAUGAUGAGCGCGCUGGACAGGGCCCCACGCACCAUGGCCGAGUGCGGCAAGAAGCUCGUGGACAUGGUGGACCUGCACCAACGGGACACGAGAUCCACUGUUGCCUGGCUCCUGGCCGCACAAAGGCCUUUGACGGUCCGGGAAAUCAGGACCUUCCUGGCAGUAGACACGUCCCAGCUCACGGCAUCCACGCGAAUCUCCGACGCCGAGAACGACUUGCGCCAUGCCCUGGGCCCUCUGAUCCGCAUACAAGACGGCGUGGUCCGUUUCCGGUUCCCUCUGAUUCAACAGCAGUUGGUCGAGCUGGCGUCGGCCGUGAAAGACUUCGGGGCCAAGGAAGCUCGCUUCCCAUUCAACAUGCAGGAAGCCAGCUGCGACAUGGUCAACCGCUGCCUGGCCGAUGUCAAAAUGUCGGUGACGGAACACUGUGAACCAUCAGUGGAGCCGAUGCCGGCGGACAUGCUGGAACGCAUGUUUGACAACCACAGCCUGUUGGAAUACACGGCGCGGUACUGGGCCGUUCACUUCAAGCAGUCGCCCAUGUACAUGAAGGACGGCAAGCACAAGCUCACAUCCGAAUUCAAGUACGUCUUCCCGGCAUCCACGACGCUCGCCGUGCUCGAGCACUCUUGCUGGACGGCCGAGAUGGUGUCGUACCACACGCUGGCCCUGCAACUCCGCCAAACGGUCGUCCCGGACCACGAAGAAGCCAUCUUCCAAACCCUAGUGUCCCUCGCCCGCACACACCAAAUGGUGUCCAACACCAAGGAGGCCAGCACCUACUACCACGACGCCUUCACCCUCGGAUCCCGACUCUUCGGCAAGCAAAGCAGCAUGGUCUCCAUCGUCGUCUCCGGCUUCAUCGACACGACCCAGCCCACAAAGGAGAACCUGACGACGCGCGAAGAGCUCCUCGAGUACCUCGUCGGGUACCAGCGUCACUCGCGCGGCGCCUCGGCGCAGCACACGAUCAAGUACGCGCGCAUGCUCGUCCAGCUGUACAAGGAAUCGGGCAAGAUGGCGCGGGCGAUCGAGCUGGAGGAGGAGCUGCACAACAUGUGCAUCGAGCACUACGGCACGCACCACGCGGUGACGGAGGAGGUGCUGGAGGGCCUGAUGGCGCUGCUCAAGGAGGCGGGCAACACGGAACAGCUGACACGCAUGCGCAUCUCCAAGUACGAACGUGCCCGGCGCUCGCUCUCGCUGUCGGACCCGGCGCUGGUCAGGGCGGCCCGGGAUAUGGUGGCGUUUUACGAGAAGAACGGCCAGGUGCAGCGCGCCGAGGAGGUGCUGACGGAGCUGUGGCAGUCGCUCACCCAGGCGUGCCAGAGCCGCGGGUCGGUGACGCUGCAGGAGCGGAAGCUCGAGGUGGCCAUGGCGUAUCAGACCUUUUUGCAUCACCAUGGACGGGCGCAGGAUGCCCAGAAUGUGCUGGUCGGCGUGUGGACCGAGUAUCAGGACGAGCUGGACACGGAGAACAGGCUGUCCGACCAUCAGCUGCGCAAUAUCCUUGCUAUCGGCCGCGAGCUGCAGCAGCACCGCUUGCUGGAGGCUGCGAAGAAAGUCUUCAGCAGCAUGUGGGGCUAUCUACGCCGCGUGAACGAGCAGCACAGUGCCUUGGCCGUGGAGACGGCUAUGUGCCUGUCCAAUGUCUCGAGAGAAUUGAUGGAGGCAAAGAUCGGGGCGACGGCUAACUCCUCCUCCUCCUCCUCUUCUUCCUCGACUGAAAGCCGCGAGGUGUCGGAGGAAUCGAUCAGCGAGCUUGAGGAAAUCAUGGAGUCCAUCACCUCGAUCAUAAAGACCAUGUCCACGCCCUCUGCCUCUGGCCCUUCAGAAACCAUUUCAUCAUCGUCAUCCAAAAGGGAGCACAAGACUUCCAGCUCGGCAUCGGCCAGCCUCGUCACCACCGCCGGUACUCUCAGCUCCUUCUACGUCUCCCAAAAGCAGUGGCGCAAGGCAACAAGCACCUGCAUCAAAGCCCUCGAAGUCGCGUGGCCCUCGGUCAUCGCCGCCUCGGGCAAACCCGAGCUGCCAUCCCGCGACGCGGACCGCAUCGUCGCCAUCGCAACGGCCAAGCGCCUGGCCUUCUGCUACUUCACCCAGCGGCAGAUCAGCAGGGCGGAGCAUAUCCACGUGCGCGUCUUCCAGGCCACCAAGGUCCUCGGCGUGCGCGACGAGCGCUGCACCCGCGCCGCGUACCAGUUGGUCGAGUUCUACGAGACCGUCUACCAAUUCGACAAGGCCGUCGACGUCUUGAUGGAUCUGCACGCCAUGCAAAAGAAGACGUUGACCGCGUCGGAUGCCGUGACCAUCAUGACGGCGUACCGGCUGGCCAGGAGCUGUCGAGAGCUGCAGCGGGACGAGGAUGCGGAGAGGUACUUCGUUGAGAUCGUGAAGGCGCUCAGCAAGGCGUCGGACGACGAGAUACUGGAAAAAGAAGCCAUCGAGGCUGCCUUUGCAAUGUGCGAAAUGUACAUUGAGACGCAGCGAUGGGGCGAUGCCCGGAAGCUCUACACCAAGCUCUGGAAGACGGUGCUGACGCAGAGCACCGGCUACGGCUGGACGGAGCAACGCGUCGAAGGGUUGUACGUUGGGUUCUUCGACGUGCUGCAAACGAAGCUCAAAGUCGACGACAAGAUGCUGCUGCAGAUCACCACUGAAUAUCAGCAGCGUGUCGUGGUGCUAUUCGGCGAAGACAGUGAGGUCAGCAUCAAGGCGUCGCUGCGGCUGGCUGAGAUGUACGAGCACAGCGAAGAGCACAGCGAACGCGCCGUGCCUCUCUACGAAAAGGCUCUGUCUUGGUCGGGCAAGACGACGGCUGUGGAUCAAAAGCUGCUCAAGUCCCUCACGGAGUGCCGCCAGCGCCUGGCGAACCUGUACUCGAAGCAGAAGGGCACCUCGUCCAAGGGUCUCACCAUCUACCGCGAGGAAAUCCACAAGACGGCGGCCACGCAUGGCUUCGCGUCCAGCCAGGCGAUGCGACAGCUCAGCGAGUUCUGUGCCAACAGCGAUUCCAAGGAGAGCCGCACCCAAGCCCUCGAGCUGCUCCAAACCGCCAUCCGCGACAUCCUCGUCAAGGAGCGCAGCGCCGAGAAGCAGGUCGAUGCCGCCCACUCGAUUGUCCGCAUGUACGUGCAGCUGGAGCACCGCCAGACGGCCGUGGACCUGCACACCACCAUCCGCCGCCAGAUCGUGUCGGGCGAGUACCAAACCACGGGCAACAACGCAUUCAACCUGCAGGGUGCGGGCCAACACUCGUUCGCCUUCGUCGUCGCCAUGGAGGAAGCCCUCGCCGACGGCCGGCACCACUUCAGCGAACUGAUGGCCACGCUCAUGACCGAACGCCUCCUCCACCAAAACUACACGCGCGCCGUCAAAGCCGACGUCAGCUUCGACACGCUCUUCUCCCACGGCGCGCGCCUCGUCGCCUUCUACACCACCCACUCCCGCCCCGAAGAAAGCAAGCAAACCGAAGCCGACCUCCUCCAGCGCUUCGCCCGCGUAUUCGACGCCCAAGCCACCUCAUCCACCUUCCGCGCCUUCUUCCGCACCUGCCUCCACGAAAUGGGCACCACCGGCCGCGACCACGUCGUCGUCCAGUCCGCCGCCUCCACCCUCCUCGACCACCUCCAAGCCUCGCGCUUCCGCGACGCCCACGAGCUCAGCGGCUACAUCAUCCGCUUCCUCACCCUCUACUCGACCUUCUCCUCGCAAGACAACGUCUCGACCGCCUUCCGCCUCGCCCUCCGCCUCAGCGGCCGCACCGAACCAUCUUCUUCCAGCACCACCUCCACCGGCUCCACCACCGGCCCCACCACCACCACCGCCCCCCGCGCCCCUCCCGUCCCCCAAUGCCCCGACAAAAAACUCCGCGCCCUCCUCACCGACGACGCCUCCUCCUUCCUCCGCCUCGCCGUCGCGCGCCUCGACGCCCUCGGCGUCACCGCCAUGCCCCUGCACGACCUCAACCAGCUCGUCGGGCUGCUGGGCGAGCUGCGCAACUGGGAGGCGCUCGAGGCGGUGCUCUCCGCCGCGUGGUCGUCGCGGCACAACGCGCCCGGCGGCGGGGGAGCCGCGCCGUGGCCCGCGCACACGGUCGUGGCGCUGGGCGCGCGGCUGGUGCAGGUAAGGUUCCAGCUGCCCGGGUGCAGGGCGCAGGCGUUGCAUCUGGCGGCGGAUAUGGCGUAUAAUUUGCGGCGGACGUGGGGGUUGUUGGAUGGGGAGACGUUGGGGAUGUUGAGGCUGUUGGCGGGGUUGGAUGUCGUGGCGGGGGAGGCGGGGGCGGCGUUGGAGGUGCGGGGGAGCGUGUUGAGGGGGGUGUUGGAGGGGGUGGAGCAUGGCGUUUUUGGGAGGGAGGAGGCGGCGGUGGUGGCGGCGAGGGAGUUUGAGUUGUUGCGGGUGACGCAUGCGGCAUGUGGGGGGUGGAGUGCGGGGGAUGUGGCGACGUUUGGGAGGUUGCAGGUUAGGCUGGGUGAUGUGUUGGGGAAGGAGGAGGCGUGGAGGAAGUGCAAGGAUGCGCAGGAGGGGGUGGAGGGGUGGAAGGCGCCGAAGGGGAAGGAGCAGAGGCUGGGGGAGCUGGAGAAGGUGGGCAUGCCGGAAUCGUGGGAGUUUCUGGGGACAGAUGAGGAAGGUCAUGUGCAUCGGAAUAAUCUGAGGAGGACGAGUGGGUUGGAGAGGCCGAGGAGCCCUGCUGCCAUGUUGCAUUCUGGGGGCGGUCAUGGUGGGAGUGGAAAGACUGUCACGCCGCCCAGGGAGCGGGGGUCGCCGGAGAUGAAAGGGGAGCACAAGAUAGGAGAGCUAAAACCGGUGAAGAGGCAGAAGGCCGGAGUCGAUGACGACAUGCUUCGGGCGUUGGAAGGAGGUCCUGUUGGUGGGCCCAUUGGUGGGAAAUAA